AGUCUGGUGGUGGAGGGGGUAGCACGCAGCAGCAGAAGCACCAAAACAGCUGUGUUGCGAUGUAAAUAGAGUAAAAGAGUCACUCUGGCGCACUUCUCAAGCCGAACGAGCUGAUAUCAUGAAAGACAAAGUGUCUUACUGGAUGGAAGGGACUACCAGGAGACUCAAGGGGUUUCUCUAAAGGGAGGUGACGCAUAAAGUCUGCUGAGUGUCGUGGCAAAAAAUUGACUGACAAUGUGGAAACAUUUGGAGGCAGGCAGCUCGCCUGUGGAUUGGUGUGAGGGAAAUUACCUCAUAUCACCCCUCAUUGCUGAAUUUGUGAACACGUUCAGCAAUGUGUUAUUCUUCCUGAUGCCACCGGUGCUGAUGCACUUGUUCCGAGAUUAUGGCCGCUUUGUGAACCCAGCAAUUCAUGGGAUCUGGGCCAUGCUGAUGGUUGUCGGAGCCAGUUCUGCAUACUUCCAUGCCACACUGUCCCUCAUUGGUCAACUGCUCGAUGAGUGUGCCAUUCUGUGGGUCAUCCUUGCAGGGUUUACAUUGUUUCUACCCAGGCGCCAUUUUCCUCUGGUGGUGCAAAAUGACAGGAAGAAACUCAGUUUAGUUUUCCUGAUUUUUGGUGUCUUUGCCACUGGCUUGGCCCUGGUGCAUCCAGCCAUUAAUGCUUUUGUGCUGAUGGUUCUGGGUAUACCAGCUCUUUUCUUCAUGGUUUUGGAGCUACGAAGGGUGAAAGAUGGGCGAGUCUAUCGUCUUGGAGUUCGCUGCUGUGCUGUAUGGUUGCUGUCAGUUAGCUGCUGGAUAAAUGACCGUCUGUUUUGUGAAGCUUGGUCCUCCAUCAACUUCCCAUAUUUACACGGACUGUGGCAUAUUCUGAUAUUUAUUGCUUCAUACACUGUAUGUGUAUUAUUUGCAUACUUUUCUGUCAGUGAUGAGAAACCAUUGCGGAAACCUCUCUUGAGGUACUGGCCAAGCAACAAUUUUGAACUUGGUAUCCCUUACGUUGCCAUUCAAGAUAGGGAUAGUGGCAAUGAGUACUGGAAAGAGAAAGAUGUCUAUGCUUGAUUUUCUGUCAGAAAGUUAAUGCAUAUGCCUCAAAGAAACAAGCAAAAAUUCAGUUAACAUAUGCUUGAGUUGUAAGCGGCCAUGUUACCAGUGCCUUUCCAUCAAUGGAGUAUUAUAUGAAGUAUUACAAGAUGCUAUACCAAAUCUUGAGUUAAACGCACACUUGCUAAAAAUUGUGAUAAGUUGUAAAAACAAGUAUUGCAGGUGCAUAUCUUCUGCUAUCUGUUUUCCAUCCCCUAUAUUACUUUUUCCAGUUUCCACUCUAGAAUACCAAAUCUUAAGUUAGAUCUGAUUAGUUCCACCACCACUUCCUUUAGAUGGAACAAGGUAUUGUACUGUGUUAUUUUAUCCAAAUGUUUAGUGAUAUAGUAUAGUCUCUACAUUCUUUCAGUGAUAAAAAUGUUUGUUAAAAAAAAAACAUAGGCCAUUUUAAUUUUAGAAUGAACAUACCUAUUCUAUAUUAUUCAUGACAUUGUAACUGUCUAUAUUUUUUAUGUUACUAUAUUGUUAAUUUGUUUGCUUGUGAUUUUUAUACAAUUGUGAAAUUAGAAGAGUCAUUAGUUGCUGUGUAUUUAUGUUUGUGCAUUUUGUGUUAUUAUCUACCUAUUAUUUUUUUAUCUCAUUGAUUUGUAAUUUUGUUUCCCUUUUUAUCUGUAUGAACAAUUUUUUUCAGUUUGAAGAAUCCCACCACUGACUUGAAUUUUAACGGUAUCUGUCACUUUUGUGUACAGGAGAUCAUGUUGGUUUAUGCACAGUGGAGCAGGUUUCAUAAGUUCUGGUCCUUUUCUUUGUUUGCUGCACUAAGGAGUUUCUGCCACAUCCAUAGAUGUGUACUGGCUUCUGCAAUGGUUCUGGCAAAGGAGACAUUUUAAUGAAAAAAUGAGGUGGAAGUAAUUUGUGAAAUGUUUAAAGCGGGCUCCACUCUAAUUUUAUUUACAUAACUGUGUGUGCCAAUCAAUGAUGAAACUGGUGCAGGGACAAAUAAAAAUUGAAAAUAUUUUUGUC